AUGUCCGAUAUUUCUCUUCUUAAAGGUAUAGAAAAUAAUGGGCUGGACAAAUACAGAUUGGGAGAGCCCGAAGAAAAUAAAGAAAUAAAUGUGCAAGGGAAAGAGGAACUGUUUGAACUAGCCAUAGAAUUACCAAAGUUAUAUCGUAAAAAUAAUCAUGAAGUAAUAUCUGCAUUAAUAAGAAAUUAUAUUCAAAGAUAUCCUAAAUGUAUUGAUGGGUAUAUAUGUUUUAGUACCUUUUAUAUGAAAAUAAAAAACUACAGAGAUUGUCUGAAUUUAAUAUAUGCAGCUUUAUAUGUAGAUAAAGAAAAUAAGUCCUUAAUAAAUUUGUUAAAAGAAUGUGAAGAAAAGCUAGUUUUAGAAAUAUGUCAGAUACCUGGGAAAUAUAAAAAUUGGAUAGGGUAUCCAGAAAGUCGAAUAGCAAAUGAUAAAAGAGAUGUGUACGAUUAUAAUGAUAAUAACUAUGCAAAUUGUGAUAAUAUAAAUAAGAUUAAUAAGAAGGAAGAAGAGGAGGAGAAGAAUAUGAAGAAUAUGAAGAAUAUGAAGAAGAAGAAGAAGAAAGAGAUAAAUGCAUAUACAAAUAAAAGUAUGUAUAAUUUUAAAAAAAUGCAAAUUAUGAGACAUGGGCAAUAUUAUGUUGCUCUUGCUAAAAAGGAUUUAAUACCAGGAGAAAUAAUAUUUCAAAGUAAACCUUUUAUGUUAACACAACAUAUAUUUUGUGAAGAGUAUACAUAUUCCACAUGUUACCAUUGUUUGAAAGAAAGAAAAAUAAAAGAAAAAUAUUAUGCUUGUCCCAUCAAUCCACAUACAUGUCCAUAUAUUUUUUGUAGUUGGCAAUGUUUAAGUAAUAAUAUAAAAAUUCAUCAAGUUGAAUGUAGUAUAUUACCCAUUAUAUCUGCAGCAUCAAAAGAAUGUAAUUUAAGUUAUUAUAUAGUUCUUCAUAUUUUCCGUGUAUUAAUAAAAUCAAAAAUAAAUAAAGGAUAUAAAGAUAAAGAACAUAAUAUUAUUAAUGAUAUAUUUAGUUUACAAUCUUAUUAUUAUUCAGUUAAAGAAAAUCAAAAAGAAUUAUUUGAAUCAUUUAAUAUUCUUUCAAAUAGAAUCAUAUUAGAAUUUCCUUCAUCAUUUUAUUUACAUUUAAAACAAAAAGAGUUAGUUGAAUUUAUGUUAAUAAUAUGGCAACAUUCUCCUUUUAUUAAAUAUUAUUCCCCUUCAUCAAUAAUACAACAUACAAAUCCUGAAAUAGCUUUUGCUGUUUUUUUUUGUCCAUUAAUAUCAAAACUUCAUCAUAGUUGUGUUCCUACGUGCACUGUUCAUUUUGAUGAAUAUGGAAUAUUAUCUGUAAGGUCAUUGUGUAAUAUACCUGAGGGGGGGAAAUUAUGUGUAAGUAUAUUAUAUGAUCAAUAUUUACCUCUCAAAAUUAGAAAGAAUGUUAGAGGCAUGCCCCGGGUCUUUGCAUGUGGUUGUGUCAGGUGUACAGAUCCUACAGAAAAUAAUUUACAUCUGAGAAGUAUGAAAUGUCCUAGAUGUAUCAUAGGAUAUAUAUACCCAAUAAAGACAGAAGCACUCAUAGAGGCAUUAAAAUUAUAUCGAUUUGAUAAACAGGCAGAUGUGCUAAGUAAGAAAAGGGGUAUCUCAGAAUAUAAAAUGGUGAGUGACAAAAUACAUGACAAGGAAAGGGAUCAGACGGGUGAAGAAAUUAAUUAUAACGGAAAAAUGAAUUCUCACAAUAAUAAUAAUAAUAAUAAUAUAAAUCAUAACACCCAUCAUACUAAUGAUCAUCAUAAUAACACUCAUCAUACUAGUGAUCAUCAUAAUAACACUCAUCAUAAUAAUAAUAAAAAUAAUGGUAAAUUAUUCAAUGAUAACGAAAUGAAUGUUUUAAAAAAACUAGGAAACGAAAUGGAGAGAUGGAUAUGUUCUACUUGCGGGAAGCUAUCCUUUGCAGGUAAUAAGAAAUGUAUAAAAUUAGAAAACAAAGUUUUUUUACAUUAUAACGAAGCUGAAAAGAAUUAUAUGGAUGGGAAUUUAAUUCUUGCGAGAAAAGAAUUAUUACAUAUAUAUAAUGAAUAUUGCUAUAUAUUAAAUCCGAAUCAUUAUAUUUUAUUUAAUGUGAAUGUAUUACUAGCUGGAUUAUUAAGAUAUGAUCCUAAUAAAGAUUUAUUUAAUUCUUUAUUACAUUUAAGAAAAGCUAUAAUAUCAGCUGAUAAUGUAUUACCAAUAUGUUCCUUGGAAAAAAUACAUUUACAUACAUGUCUUUCAGAAUAUACAUAUAUGUGUUCUAAUCUAUACAAAUUAUAUCAUAAGGGUAUGGGAAUAUCUCCAGAAUAUAUUAUAGAUCCUCUGUUCUCUGCUAUAUGGAAUUCUUGUGUUAUAACAGGUUAUGAAUCUACUUUAACAAUAAUAUUAUUACAACAAUUAAGAAAUUUCUGUAUCCUAUUAAAUAAGUUUACCAGCCCAUACAACAAAAUAAUAUUUCAUAUUAAUAGAAAAGAAGAAUUUUGUGAUUUUUAUUAUCAAGUUACACAAAAGAAAAAUCAUCCAUUGAAACAUAUUAAAAAAAUUAUUGAACACGAUCCUUUUUAUCCAAUAUAUAUGAGUUGUCAAUAUUUUCAUAUAAAAGAUACAAAUAAAUAUUUUAUAAAUAUAUUAAAAAGUUUUAAAAAUAUACGAUAUAUAGGAAAUGGAUUAACAGCUAUAUCAUUAGCAGCAGCUGUUGGAAAUGUUGAACUCGUCAAAAUACUUUUGAAAUUAAAUUAUUCUCUUUUUACAAAAAAUGAAUUAAAUAUGAAUGUCCUUUUAUAUAUGGCUAGUUCCCUUUUACCUGAUGAACAGAUAGUAUAUCAUUCAAAUUAUUAUUAUACAUUGAUGAAAGAGAUAAAAUUACAACAUGUAAAUUUUGAAGAAUUCCAAAAUGAAUAUAGGAAAUACAUUAAUGUUAUAUCUAAUACAGUAGAACCAACCGAGCUCAUUAAAGGAAAUAAAAUAAACCAUUACCAAAUAAAUAAUAGAUAUAAUAAUAAAUAUGAUACAACACAUAUAGAUUCACAAUGUAUGCACUCAUAUGAAUUAAAAAAUACAUUCCCCUUCAAUGAUAUACCUCUUGAUGAUGAUUUCAUAUACGGAGAAAAAAGCAAAGAAUUAGAUAAGAAACAAGCAACCAUUUUAAUACUCUUCUUAACUUAUUUAGAUAAACUACAAAUAAAAAGAAAAAAAAAUUAUAAAAUCAAAUAUAAUAAGAAAUGGACUUUAAGUAAAAGAAUUCAAUCUUUCCAAAAAAAAAAAAAAAAAAAAAAAAAAAAAAAAAAAAUUAAAAAUAUAACACAUAAUGAAAGCAAACAUUAUUUGAAUAAAAAUAAAACUAAUGAUAUGUCCAAUGUUAUUGAUAAUAUAUACGAUAAAAAAAUAAGCGAUGAUAAGAAGAAGGAUGAUGAAAAUGAAUCGGUGGAUGGAAAAAGAGAGGCUGUUAUAUUUGAUGGCUUAAAGGAAACAAGUAUAGACGGAAAAAUUUUAAAUAAUAAUAAUAUAAAUGGCGACGAUACAAGUGGUGGUGAUGACACAAGUAGUGGUGAUGAUACAAGUAGUGGUGAUGAUACAAGUGGUGACGAUACAAACGGUGAUGAUACAAGUAGUGGUGACGAUACAUAUAAUGAUGAUACAAAUGAACAUUCUUGUGAUCAUACUUCCUUUUCAGAUAACUCAGAUGUAAUAUUAAACAGCAAGAUAAGAAACUACUAUACUACCAAAUUGUUAACCAAAUCUGUAUCUCAUAAAAUCCUAGGAUCUAACAAUGCAUUACAUUACGCGUGUGCAAGAGGGAAAAGAGAACUAGUAAAACAACUGCUUAUUAGUGGUAUACCAAUAAAUUUGUUAAACAAUGAAGGAGCUACAGGGUUACAUUUAGCAAGUUUAAAUGGACACAAAGAAAUAGUCGAUAUAUUACUUGAACAUAAAAAUGAUAACAUAAUUAAUCGUAUUACAUGUCAUGGGGAAACUGCAUUAAUGUUAGGUACUUAUGGUUUACAUUACGAUAUUGUAAAAACAUUGAUUGAGAAAAAAGCAAAAAUUAUUGUUAAUCAAAAAGAAACAUUAUUACAUUGUUUAGUCUAUGGGCUCCUAAGAAUGCAUACUAUAUAUUAUAAAAGUAAUAAAUAUACAGAUGAUGAUACAUCUUAUUUAGCAAUACAACAAUUUAAUGAAUUAUAUCCAUCGAAAUAUUAUACACAAGGAAAUUCAUCUUAUCUAAAUAUAAAUUUAUGUACAUCACAUAUACCAAUAAUAGAAAUUUUAUCAAAUGAUUUUUUUUUAUUUCCAUUCAAAUUAUUACAUAGAUUAAAAAAAGCUAUCCUCAUUUUAAAAUAUAUUAUGCAUAUAUGCCCUAUAUAUUUAUAUGAAGUCAAAAAUAAUAAUGGUUAUAACCCUUACGAAUUAUUAAAAGCUAUGUGGUCAAAAAUGUGUGAAAGGAGAAUGUAUGUCUUAUCUGUUUCCCAUAUUAAAAUCGCAUCUUUUAACCACCAACAAAGAAAUGUAGUUUUCCAAGCAUGGUCUCUUAUAACAUCAUUGGUGAAUUUUCUCUCCUCUAUUUUGCAACCAGACAAAUCUGUAUUGACGUCCAUUUAUAAAAAUUUUAUUUAUGUGGAUAGUAGCGAAAAGGUUAAGCUCCUACCCGAUGGACGAGAUAAAAAUGAGGAGGGAGAAAAAAAAGAGGGGGACCCAAAAAAAGAGGGGGAUCCAAAAAAUGAGGGGGACCCAAAAAAAGAGGGGGACCAAAAAAAAGAGGGGGACCAAAAAAAAGAGGGGGACCAAAACAAAAUGGAUAACCAAAACAAAAUGGAUGACCAAAACAAAAUGGAUGACAAACAAAAUAAAGUUCAAGGUGUAUAUAAGGAGAGUAAGUCGACUACAUUAGUAGAUGAUAAAAAAACUACACUCAUAAGCAACCACGUUGAUGAUAUAAAAAUAAAAGAGAAACCAAAAAUGUUUAAAAAAACAUUAUUUAAGAAAAUGAAACCCCCUGUAUUAAAAUAA